CAAUCUUAAGCAUUUAAUAUCUAUGAAGAGCUUCUAUUCUCCCAUGGCUCCUUGACAAGCUGCACAGACCUAAAGGGGAAGGGGGUACACCCGCUAAACUAGUGGUUUUACAACCCAGCAGUGUUGGUCCCCCCCUUGAUCACAGUGAAGCUUCACACCCUUUCAGACAUGAAAGGUCUGGCAGGAGCACCGGUGACAGCUGCAUCCUCUAUUUUAACAGCAUCCCAGUCCAAAAGUGGCAGCUCUUUAUUCUUAACUUUACAAGAAUGAAACAYUGAGAGGUUUUACUAUGUUGUGUAAAGCUGCAGCUGAAGUCACUUAAGCGUUUUUAAACCAAGUCUACAUCAGCUCCAGUUUGGUUUGUGACUCUCCUGGUUUUGCUCUUCGGUAUGAUUCAUGGUUUUUAUUUGUAUUUCAGUCUGAAGACGCGCGCAGGCCUGACUUGCCGGUGUGAAGUUCUGUURAAACAAGCAGCCUUCAUUAGACAGAUCACAUCAAACUGACAAUUGACUCCGUGCAGACUUUAAAGAGAAAUUUCCCACAACAGGAAUUUAAUUAUUUUUCUUUCCAUCACAUUAUCCGUCUGUUUGGCCUUAUUCACACCACGGUGAGAACUAAUGACGUCUUUGGGAAGGUCGCGUUUUUUGGCACUUGGGUUCUUUGAACUUUUUUUCCCCCUUCUUCCCACGCCUAAUCUCUGAACCCAUAAACGUUUUUUCUCCUAUUUAACCCUACGUUACUAAAAUGACUUUCACUCAUUUCAGCCUUUAUGCCAGUCUCGCUGCGCGCGCAGACGUCUGCCAUGGAUCUGGACGAUGUCACGGUUAAAUUGCUGUCUGAAUGGGAGCGCUUGAAUAGUGACUCUGGACACGGUCAAGAGCCUCUUCGGUCCCUCUCCCCGGAGAUCUGCUACCCCGGCGACCGUCACGACAUCAAGGAUUUCUCGUUUGGUUUUGCGCGGCGGCGCAGCGGCGCGACUCCAGCGGCGCAAAGGCAAAGCAAGUCCAAGAUGUCCGCGAACAGGCGCAUGAAGGCCAGCGAGAGGGAGAAGAUGCGGAUGAGGAGCCUCGCAGAGGCUUUGCACCAGCUCCGGGACUACCUCCCGCCGGACUACAGCAAGAGAGGCCAGCCCCUGACCAAGAUCCAAACUCUCAAAUGCACCAUAGAAUACAUCAACACUCUCGCGGACAUGCUGAGCCGCGCGUAACGGGCGCAGGAUGGACCACUUUUACGCACCGGAUCAUCUCUGGAACAGAGUCCCUCUCACAAUAACCCGAAUUCUUUUAUGCUUUCCUUAUACGUUUUUUUUUUUGUCUUGAUGUAAGCAUUGUCAGGACUUGUUACUGUAUAUGAGGCUGCCCUUUUGAAAUUAUGAUUUUAGUAGUUUAUUGUGAAACUCUCUAGAAGUGUAAUUGUGGAUGUUUUCUCUCACGUUUGUUUUUCUAUAGUGCCUAAUAGUUAAGUUUUUAAACAAUGAACAAUGAACCUGAAUUGCGUUUAAGUUCUCUUGAACACGUCUAAAAGUGUUAAAUGAAUUUCACACAUACAAAAAUAUUUCAGUCCAUGUAUGCUUUGUGGGUUAAUUGUUUUUUUUUUUGUCUCUUUUUUUUCAUUUAUCAUUUUCUCAAUGUGUUAUUAAUAAAACUGUUUGUGUUGAAUCUGUGACCUUGUUAAUAAACCAAAUGUUUUAAAUGAUGAA